AUGACCGGGGGUCCGCCUUACAAUUCUCAGUCCCCGACGCAGCAGCCUCGUUAUCCCGUCUAUUCUCCUCCGAGCAAGACCCGCCCUUAUUAUCCCAACAAUGAUCAAUAUCAGCAGCACCCCCCACAGACUCCUCCUGCCUUUCCGCCACAACCACCUCUGGCUCGGAGCCCGCAUUACUCCCAUGCGCCUUCUCCCUUGCCGGCUACACUCCCUCCAUUGAACGGUGGUGCUCCUCCGUCGCAUCAUCAGGAGUCCUCAUCGCAGUACCAGGCCCAUCAGUCCUCAGGGACUCCUCAAUUUCCGCUGCCGAGGCCGUACUCGGCAUCUGUCUUGUCGAGCAACGGCGCAUCGCCCUAUAACCAUCCGACUCCCUCUCACGCUCAUCCUUCUUCUGGUCGACUGGAUAGCCUGUCUCAGUCUCCACCCAAGAAAGAUCAGGAAUCUCUAUAUCCUAUCGGAGGAAAUGUGGCCUCUGGGUUUUCUUCCUCCAUAAUGCUAUCUCCCCCAUGUAUUUUGUCUGACUCUAUCCAGAAGCCUGCUAGAGCCGCCGAUCCCAUGUCGUUCGCCAGCAUUCUCUCGGGUCCGACCGAAGAGCGCCCUCUUCCCAGGAAACAGUCUCCCUUACCAGAACCUGCCCCCGUUCAAACACCCGCGCCUGCUCCCCCGGUUCUUGCUCCAGUGCCAGCAGCAAGGAAAGCUACUCCACCGCCUCCAACCGCUCCUGUUCCUGUACCCGCCCCUCUACCGGAAAUCAAGGAGCCAGAGCCGCUUCCGACUCCUUUGCCUCGACUUGAAAAGAAGCCAAGCGCGGAAAAGCGUCGCCGGAAUGUGGAUCAAGAGUCUCGAGCGUCCGAGUCGCUUCCCGUUCCUCCUACCAACGGUGUCUCUGAGCCAGCAAAGGUGUCCCGCGCCUCCAACGUGCGGAAGACGAUGUCCGAGCGUGACACCGAAGCUAUCAACAAGAUUAUUGCGGAGAUUGACAACGCGGAAAAAAGCGAUGUAGAAUCGCCCGGGUUCGAGGCUGAAUAUGAGCGCUACAUUGCCAAGGGCAAAAAAAGGGCACUAGAUGCGGAAAAAGCCGAGAGUAUCAGACGCAAGCGUCGCCGCCACGACUUUCUUGUCAAGCUGGGUAAGACGUUCGAAAAGCAAGCAAAUGCGGGGAUGGAUCGAUUCAGAGUUGCAAACGAGGCCUCGGUCAUUGCUGAAGUUCAGGCCAAGGAAAUUCAAGAUGAGAAGGAGCGCAAAAAAGACAUGCAGCGGAAGCGGCGACGGGAGAACACCGUACGCCUGGAGAUGCAAAAGAAGAUCGAGGCGGAGCGCAAGGCCAACAAGGCCAACGAUGCUGCUGAAAAGGCGAAAUUCUUGCGCGAAGCCGAGAGAGCCCAGAGAAAGAUCAAAUCGACCAAGAGAGCUCUCGAGGGCGUCACAUCGCCCGAGGAGAUUGGCGAGGUCACACCGCUAGCUCCGAAUCUGGAAGGAGGUACCACCAGCUCGUUUCACAUCGGUCGCAGCUCCCCAUCGAGACGCAAGUCUGGCCGAUCCGGAGGCUCCUCGCGGCCGAAAAAAUCCAAGGAGCAGAAGCAAGCUGAGAAGGAUGCGGCCGAAGCUGCUUAUGCUGCCAUGGAGAACGAUGAGCCCUUGCCCCUUGCCCCCAAGGAAGAUCCCAGAAAGGAGUCCCUCAAGAAGGAGGCCAAGGGUGCGCGCUCCAAAGAACCCACGCCUCAACCCCUGUCCGCAUUCGAAUCGAAAGGUUACAACCAAAUCUACGAGCAAAUCUGGCGAGACAUUGCCCGCAAGGAUAUUCCUAAGGUCUAUCGCAUCAAGGCUCUAUCCCUCAGCACGCGCCAGGAAAAUCUACGCAAGACGGCUCAGCUUGCCAGUAAACAAUCUCGGAAAUGGCAGGAACGCACAAACAAGAGUAUGAAGGAUACCCAAGCCCGCGCGAAGCGGACAAUGCGCGAGAUGAUGUCCUUCUGGAAGCGCAACGAGCGUGAGGAGCGUGAUUUGCGUCGUCUGGCCGAGAAGCAGGAGAUUGAGUCUGCGAAGAAGGCCGAAGCAGAGCGUGAGGCCAACCGUCAGAGACGCAAGCUGAAUUUCCUCAUCUCGCAAACCGAAUUGUAUUCUCACUUCAUCGGUCGGAAGAUCAAAGGUGCUGAAGCGGAUGCAUCUGGCGAUGCUGCCGUCGACGGCUCUGAUGAGACCGUUCGACCUGGCAAGGCUGGGGACCAUACCAUCGACCUGCCCUCUAGUGUGGCGGACUUGAGCACCAAAGUCACCAACUUUGAGGAUCUCGACUUUGAUGCGGAAGACGAGACCGCUCUUCGACAGGCAGCGAUGGCCAAUGCCCAGAAUGCGGUCAAGGAAGCCCAGGAUCGCGCCCGUGCUUUCAAUGCCGAGGAAAACCCGAUGGCUGCUCUCGACGAGGGUGAGCUGAACUUCCAGAACCCUACCAGCUUGGGCGACAUCGAAAUUUCGCAGCCCAAUAUGCUCACCGCCAAGCUCAAGGAGUACCAGCUGAAGGGCCUGAAUUGGCUUGUCAAUCUCUACGAGCAAGGUAUCAAUGGUAUUCUGGCUGAUGAGAUGGGUCUGGGGAAAACCAUCCAAUCUAUCUCUGUGAUGGCUUAUUUGGCUGAGGUCCACAACAUCUGGGGUCCCUUCCUGGUCAUUGCGCCAGCCUCGACGCUGCACAACUGGCAGCAGGAGAUCACCAAGUUCGUCCCUGACAUCAAGGUUCUGCCUUACUGGGGUUCCGCAAAGGAUCGUAAGGUUCUUCGAAAAUUCUGGGAUCGCAAGCAUAUCACCUAUACCAAGGAGUCGGAGUUCCACGUCCUUGUCACGUCGUAUCAGCUUGUCGUUCUUGAUUCGCAGUAUUUCCAAAAGGUCAAGUGGCAGUACAUGAUUCUUGAUGAAGCCCAGGCCAUCAAGUCGUCUCAGAGUUCGCGGUGGAAGAACCUGCUUGGAUUCUCGUGCCGAAACCGACUUCUGCUUACUGGUACCCCCAUCCAGAAUAACAUGCAGGAGCUUUGGGCUCUUUUGCAUUUCAUCAUGCCUACCUUGUUCGAUUCUCACGACGAGUUCAGCGAGUGGUUCUCCAAGGAUAUUGAAUCCCACGCUCAGAGUAACACGAAGCUCAAUGAAGAUCAGUUGCGACGUUUGCACAUGAUCUUGAAGCCAUUCAUGCUCCGUCGUGUCAAGAAACACGUCCAACAAGAGCUUGGGGACAAGGUGGAGAAGGAUGUGUUCUGCGACCUGACCUACCGACAACGGGCCUAUUACACCAAUCUGCGGAACCGUGUCAGCAUCAUGGAUCUCAUUGAGAAGGCUGCUGUUGGGGAUGAAGCGGAUAGCACCACACUGAUGAACUUAGUCAUGCAGUUCCGAAAAGUCUGCAAUCAUCCGGAUCUUUUCGAGCGUGCUGAAACCAAAUCACCCUUCUCGCUCGCCCACUUUGCGGAAACCGCCUCGUUCGUUCGGGAGGGGCAGAACGUGGAUGUUCGCUACUCGACACGCAACCUCAUCGAGUACGACCUCCCACGGCUUCUAUUCAGUUCCAGUGGUCGUCUUGAUGUGGCAGGGCCGGACAAUGAGAAGGUUGGCUUCCAGAAUAAAUACUUGCAGCACUUGAUGAACAUUUUUACGCCGGAGAACAUCAAGCGAAGUGUUGAGGAUGAUGGAGCCUUUUCCUUCCUACGGUUUGCCGACACAUCCAUCAAUGAGGCCUAUGAACAAUCACAUCUUGGUGUUUUUGAGCGAGCAGUCCGUCGUCGUGGCCAGUCCGACCGACUGUCUCAACUCGGUGUCAUUUAUGAUAACGAGGGCGAUCAAACGGCAAAUUCUGUUCUGCCUCAUUCCCUCUUCAACAUUGUCGAACGCAACGACCGUCAGGCCGUCUAUGAUGUUGCCCCCGAAGGCUACAUGCGGGACCUAAUGACUGUAUCCGAGUCCAGCUUCGAACGCCAGGGUCUCAACGUCAUCGAACCCUGCGCGAGUCCUGCAGCAUCGGCUCCCCCGAUCUUCAUUUCGUGCUCCGGACAAACAGCCCUGAGAGAGACCAACGAUACCUUCUUCAGCGUUCCCGUGCGCCAUGCACUUUACAGUACGCCCUCGCGACAAUUGGAGGAACAGAUUCUUGAGAAGAAACUGGAUCCUGCCCCCUUCUCGCUCCCCCCCAUGCUACCGAAACCGCUCUCAGCCAAGGGCCGCUAUACGCACAUUGAAGUGCCUUCCAUGCGGCGCUUCGUCACCGACUCCGGCAAGUUGGCCAAGUUGGAUGAACUCCUGCGGGAGCUCAAGGCGGGCGGUCACCGUGUGCUGCUGUAUUUCCAGAUGACUCGCAUGAUUGACCUGAUGGAGGAGUACCUCACUUACCGCAAUUACAAGUACUGCCGCCUGGACGGAAGUACUAAACUCGAAGACCGUCGUGACACGGUGGCCGAUUUCCAACAACGCCCCGACAUUUUCGUUUUCCUCUUGUCCACACGUGCUGGUGGGUUGGGUAUCAACCUGACUGCCGCUGACACCGUCAUUUUCUACGACUCGGACUGGAACCCGACGAUUGACUCGCAGGCCAUGGACCGAGCCCAUCGUCUCGGCCAGACCAGGCAGGUCACCGUUUAUCGUCUCAUCACCCGCGGCACGAUUGAGGAACGCAUUCGCAAGCGCGCGCUGCAGAAGGAAGAGGUUCAGCGCGUCGUCAUUUCGGGCGGUGCGGCGGGCGGAGUCGACUUCAACACGCGCAAUCGGGAAAGCCGAACCAAGGAUAUUGCCAUGUGGCUUGCAGACGACGAACAAGCCGAGCUCAUCGAACAGAAGGAGAAGGAGGCUUUGGAUCGCGGUGAAGUAUUUGGCGCUGGCAAGGGCGGCAAGAAAGCGGCUCUAAAACGCAAGAAGGAUCUUACCCUUGACGACAUGUAUCACGAAGGUGAAGGAAACUUUGAUGAUAUCAGCGCCAAACCGUCGGGGGCUGCAACGCCUGUCUCGACUGCGGAUAACAUUGCUACGCCGUCGUCGACCCCUGUUCCCAAGCGUGGCCGGGGACGUGGGACGGUCAAGGGAUCUUCUAAGCGAGCUAAGACGACUACAGAGCGCUUGCGACUGAUUGAUGGCGACGGCGGGCUUUGA